GGGGUGGUUGUGGCGGCGGUGACGGCGGUGACGGCGGAGGCGGCGGCGGCGGCGGCGGCGGGUGGCGGCGGGCUGCCUUCAACCGUUCCAACCCCAAAACCCCCUGGAAUCUCGAACUAGCCAACUGCCAACCAAGACGCCCAUGGAUGUAUCCGCAGCAUCUUUUUCCUCCCACCUCCAGUUAUCCAUGUUAAAGUUUCAGGCACCGGGUUUUGUUGGCACCGAACCCCGCCGGGGGGGAGAAGGAUGUCCCACGGAAAUCUGCCUCAGCAUCCCACCUCCCCUUUCUAGGUGGGUCGUAUUUCGUGCAGCGAAGGUGAAGCCGCUGACGCCAUUGAGCAUUGUUGUUGGUUGCUUGUGGAGGGGUUCAUUGCAUACAGCAUACAUACCACCUCAGUAUUGCAUCCAGAACUUCCACCUCGCUGCCGGCAUCACACCCAUAGUCGGUUCAAAUGCUGCAGAGGGAACUGCUAUAGAUGCAGUAUAUACAUGCUAAUUAUAAGCCGAGAGGGUUGGACAACACGGACUGUGUAUACACAUACAUUGAUUGGAUGCAACCAUUGUAAUCCGAGGUGGUGUCUUUUCAAUGUAACUGGUACCUUAUAUAUAUUCCGUUAGUACAGAUAA